CAGGAGGUCUGGUCGCGCAUUCGCUUCUCCUAGCCCCGCGAACGCUGAUCCCGACGUGACUCCAAACUCGGGACUGAACAAUCAUGGGUUCUUAUGGAAAUGGUACCGCGUACUCGCCGGAUCAGUUCAUGAAUCCGGGGCCGGCUCCCCGCCCCCCAACUGAUCGUCCUAAGUUGACGCUUCCUACCAACAAUCCAGUGGCCACCUCGUUCAGCCAGAUGUCCUUGAAUUCGCCGAGUACACCAGGCCCCGGCGGCAAUCUAUCGCUGUUCCCUAACACCAGCACUCCGUCCUUGGCCCGGAGCCAAACCGGCGGAAGCGGCGUCACCAUUGUGAAAGAAGGCCUGGUGCGAUGCAAGGAAGACAAGUUUCUGGCAACAUGGAAUCAGCGCCAGUUGAUCCUGCGCGAAUACAAAAUCGAAUUUCUGAAGACCGAGUCCGGAAAAGUUGUUCUCUCAUUCCCUCUAUCGACCGUCACCGCUGUUUCUCGUUCGGAGGAUUCCAAGAUGGCCUUUGAGAUCACACGACUGGCCAAUCCCAAGGAUGCAAACUCCAAGACUGCUUUGAUCACUCGCGACGUGCCCACUAAGACCAUCACUUGUGAGGUGAAAUCUGAUGAUGAGAUCUACGAGUGGAUUGACAAGAUCUAUGAGCGUUGCCCCGGUAUGGGUGGUGUCAGUAAUCCCACUAAUUUCAGUCACCGCGUCCACGUUGGCUUUGACCCGCAGUCGGGUGCUUUUGUCGGCUUGCCUCCAGAGUGGGAGAAGCUGCUGACAGCCUCUGCCAUUACUAAGGAGGACUACAAGAAGAAUCCUCAGGCCGUGAUUGAGGUCUUGGAGUUUUACUCUGAUAUCAAAAUGCGAGAGCAGAACCCACAAUAUUACGGUGGAAUGAAUGGCUCUUCAGGUAGCCCGAACAAGAUGCCUACGAGCACUUCGGUGGGCAGCGGCAUUGCCCCUCCCCGACCCGCUCCACCAGGCCCCAUGCAGCGCCUGGACAAUGGACAGUCCAUGCGUUCCGUAUCUUCGCCAACAUCGGAUCGAAAUGCGGACCAGCAACAACAAUUGCAGCAGAUGAAGGAAGCAGCGGACCAGGAGCGUCGCCGAGUAGAGGAAGCCCGUCGCAAGGAAGAACAACAAGAAUAUAAUGCAUCUCUUCCCAAGACACGUACUCCACUGGCCAAACAGGAGCUUGGUGGGUACGGUGGUGGUUCAGACACCCGCUACCAGCCAAGUCGCCCUGCCCCACAAGCGCCUGGCUCUGGAGCUCGCGCUCCAGCCUCCGAUUCCCGUCAGCUUACCGCACAACGACCGGCCCCCGCUCCGCCAUCGCAAAGUCCUUAUGGUGGACAAGCUUCUUCCCGCACCCCGGGUGGCUCUCAGGACCAGGGAUCGCCCUCGCGCUAUGCUGCAAAUGACCCUCGGGCUCAGGCUUCGUCAAGCCGGCCCCAACAGGCUCAGGGACCUCCCCCGACCCGGUUGCCGGCUCCUGUGCAGCAGGUGAAACCGCUGAACAUAGCCAACAAGCAGCCAACCCCCAAGGCCGUUCCCGAUAGCGUUCGGCAGGCAGAGGCUGCCUUGACCAAGAAGCCCGACACCCGACAGAAGGAGGUCCGUAUGUCGGCUAUGUCCGAGAAUGAGGUUAUGGACCGACUUCGCGCCGUGGUUUCCAAGGACAACCCGAACGAGUCCUACAGCAAGCAGCGCAAGAUCGGCCAGGGUGCCUCUGGCUCCGUGUACGUGGCACGGGUCAAAGAACAUUCUACAUCAGCUGUGGCUCACGAGCUGUACCGACAGUACGGCCCGCGGUGCCAAGUGGCUAUUAAGCAGAUGGAUCUGCGCAGUCAGCCCCGCAAGGAGUUGAUUGUUAACGAGAUUAUUGUCAUGAAGGACAGCCAGCAUGCCAACAUUGUGAACUUCCUAGAUUCAUUCUUGCAAGAGUCAAGCAACGAGCUCUGGGUUGUCAUGGAGUUCAUGGAGGGUGGUGCUUUGACCGAUGUGAUCGACAACAACCCAGUCAUUCAAGAAAACCAGAUUGCGACCAUUUGCGCCGAGACUUGCAAGGGGCUGGCCCACCUGCAUAGCCAGAACAUCAUUCACCGUGAUAUUAAGAGUGACAACGUUCUCCUCGACCGUGUCGGCCAUGUCAAAAUCACUGACUUUGGCUUCUGUGCCAAGCUCACCGAGUCCAAGAGCAAGCGUGCCACCAUGGUGGGUACCCCUUACUGGAUGGCACCCGAGGUCGUUAAGCAGAAGGAGUACGGUCCCAAGGUUGACUGCUGGUCUCUGGGUAUCAUGGCUAUUGAGAUGAUUGAAUCCGAGCCCCCUUACCUGAACGAGGAGCCCCUAAAGGCGUUGUACCUCAUUGCCACCAAUGGUACCCCACGCUUGAAGAAGCCCGAGAAACUGAGCAAGGAGCUCAAGGCUUUCUUGAGUGUCUGUCUCUGCGUGGACGUCCGUAGCCGUGCUACGGCCGACGAGCUUCUCGCCCACGAGUUCUUGCAGACUGGCUGCAGCCUUGCCAGCCUGGCAGAAUUACUGCGCUGGAAGAAAGCCAACGGCCAGUAA